UGUGUAGUGUUAACUGUACAUUUACAAUAGCUCAAAUCGAAAGUAGAAAGUUAGUUUGUAAAAAAAACAUUAUACAAGUCUAUAUCGUUACUAUUUAUUUAUAAGUGAAGACCUAGUUUUCAAGUGCUCUUAUAGAUACAGAUUAGGUUAGAUAUAUAACGGUUCAAGAUAAAAGUCAAAGAUAGCUAAAACAAAGCAAUUCAGAUACAGAUUUACAGCUGAGUUAUGGGGAAAAAGUCGCGAAAUUUUAAUAUAAAUCAAACGGAUGGUGGGUAUGGGUGGAUUGUGGUGGCUUGUACAUUUGUUGUUGGAUUUAUUAUUGAUGGAUUGGCCUACUCGUUUGGGAUUGUGCUGGUUGAGCUGCUGGAACAGUUUAAGCAAGACAGAGCUUCCACUGUCGUCGUUGGAUCCAUUCUUACCGGAGUCAUGUAUCUCAUAGGACCUUUGGCUGGUGCCCUAUCUGACAUAUAUGGCUGCCGUAUUAUCGUGUUCCUUGGGGCUGUGAUAAGCAGUGUCGGCUUCGUCAUCAGCUCUUUUGCCACAAGCGUAUUGUAUCUCUACUUCUCCUACGGUUUGCUUGGAGGUCUUGGCUUUGGAUUUAUGUUCCUGCCAGCGGGUGUCUGUGUCAUUCAACACUUCACAAAACGUCGAGCUUUAGCCAACGGUAUAGCUGUAUGUGGAUCAGGUGUUGGGACAUUUGUUAUGAAUCAUCUCACGAGAUACAUGCUUGACCACUACGGAUGGAGAGGAACUGUUUUACUGUUUGCAGGAAUCGCCCUGCAAGGCGCUGCGUUGGGACUUCUAUUAUUACCUCCAUUGCCCAAGCUGAAAGAUCCAACACUGACUGACGCGCCGAAAGCGAUGUAUAUCAAAAAUAUCAACGCAGACGACCAGCAUUCCAUUAACAGGAGACUUAAAACAAAAUCAUGUUUCUCAUGUUUUAGAAGUGUUGACAGUGCAGAAGAGGUCAAUGAGUCGGAGCUAAAAGUAUUCAAUAUAAACGAUACUCUAGACACAAACGUGCAAUUAUCUCGAUAUGAAACUAACAUGGACAAAGUUAUUUAUGACAAAAAAGGAAACAGUUUAAAACGAGUUAUUCAGCGUAUUUUCAGUAGUAAAUUGUUAACCCAUGGAGGGUUUAUAUUGUUUUUAUUUGCUAACUUUGCUGUACAUCUGGCAUUUACAAUCCCCUUCAAUCUACUGCCUGACCAGGCUGUUGAAAAUGGUAUGACAAAACACGAGGCAUCCUGGCUGAUUUCUUCAAUUGGGAUUACUAAUACCUUAAGCAGAAUUUUUCUCGGUUGGUUGGCAGAUAGAAAAUGCGUAAACAGGAUGGUAAUGUUGGAUAUUGUGAUAUUUCUGGCCGGAAUUAUCACAGGCCUAUCACCACUCCUAACAACAUUUCAAUCAAAGUUGAUAUAUCCUUGUCUUUAUGGUGUGAUGAUAGGUGGCUAUGUAACAUUAUGUCCAGUAGUACUGGCUGACUUAUUUGGUACAGAAAUGAUCGCACAAUCGUUUGGUAUGUGGCUGUUUGCAUGUGGCCUUGCUGGUACUAUUUCGUCGCCGAUUGGAGGCUGGCUGUACGAUACGACAAACAAUUACGACAUCACGUUUGUUAUUGCUGGGGCGGAAUUUCUUCUUGCCGGACUUCUGUUUCUCGCCUCAAUAUGUGUUUCAAGAAACAAAAAAUAAAUUUGCAUCAAGUCAAACCUCAGCAAGCAUUGGUAUUUUGGACCAUUAGUGGCAAAGCAAUGGCUAUUAAUGGUAUUAAAGAUUAAACCAAAUCAUACAUCAGUAUCUAACCGCUUUCUGCCGGAAACAAAACAUCGGACAGAUAUUACGUCGAUUUGACAAGGCUGAUUAUGUAAUGCUUGCUGGGGAAGAAUUAAAAUCGAUUUUGCUUUUUAAUAUUUCUUUCUGUAAAACAAAAUAAAAAUAAUUUGCAUAUAUAAGAUGUUUAGAUAUGUUGUGAAAUGCUUUGAUUAUCAUAGCUUGUAUGGAGUUGAAUGAGUACCGUUGUGUCGUACCAAAAUGACCCACGUUUUCACGCAGUUGUUUGUAUUUUGUACAUGUAUAAAUAUGCAUUACCAUUUUGAAUUCCUUAAUAAGGGUUUAUUAUAGAGCCACAUAUGUGUAAUUACACAUAUUGUAUCUUUCAUUUUCAUGCAUUUUAAUGUUCAAAGUUAUGUAAAGGUUUAUGUAAUUUGUUUGGUCACCUCUUUUAAAGAAAAUGUUCAUUUGAAUUUUAUAUUUUGUAAAAAAAUACACUUUAGAAUAUAUAAAUCUAAUUUUGACGGAGAAAAAACGUGAUUGCAAAUAUAAAGUUUGCCUUUUAAAACACCAUAAAUAUUUAUUUGUAUUUUAUUCUAAACAUUUUUGUUCACAAACUUUGUAAAUCUAUGCCUGACUCUCAUCAGGUACUUAUAUGUCAUAUUCUUAUAGUUUUUCUGUUUUUUGUUUUGUUUUGAGGUUCUUACAGGUUUAUAAUAGUUUUUGUCAAAGUAUAAUCGAUUCAAUGCAUAUAAUUGUUAUUUUUCCAAGCUGAAUGAAGGUGAAACUUAAAGAUCACCAAAGUCAUUAUAUGAGCCGUGCCAUGAGAAAACCAACAUAGUGGCU